AUGUUCUGUCGCACCGCAGCCUGCAGGGCCGCCCCAGGUACCGGCACGCCUGCGUCACGGAUCGCCACCCCGCCGGUCCGGGCGUUGAUUCGCCCAAACCCCGCCCAGAGCCCUCGUCGUCUUCGUCUUCACAAGACCACCAGAUGCAGCAGCAGCAGCAGCAGCAGCAGCAGCAGCGCAGAACCGAGCCGAACCAGACCGCCGUAUCGAUCCCAACACCGGCUCCUCGAGAACGAGGACGAGAUUCCUGAAGCAGCAGCAGCAGCAGCAGCAGCACCCCGGCUCCUGUGCGAGCGCAAGCCCCCCGAUGGAGGACGGCCCAUCACCGUCACCUGGACCAGCGACAUUGUGCGUAUCGCGCAGGACGGUCUUGGCGGACGGCGCACGGCCUCUCUGAAUCCUGCCGCUCUCCGGGACAGCUGCGCCUGCGGCGCGUGCAGAGACGCGUCGUCGGGCCAAAAGACCUUUGCGUCUGUCGAGAUCCCCCCCGAUAUUGGCUUCUCGCACGUCCGCGCUGCCGAGGACGGGCUGGCCGUCUCCUUCGCCAACGAUAUCGAGCGCUUCGCCCGCCAGGCGGGGGGCCGGCACGAAACCACCGUCCCCUGGGCGAGCAUCGAGGCGGCUCUCCAGCGGCGCGGAACGCACGACGCCGCCGCCUUGUCCCGGCGGAAACGCUCCGUCCUCGCGCGCACGGGCGUCCGGUACUGGGACCGGCAAACCCUCGCCAAGCACGUCCGCAAGAUCGACUACGCCGAGUUCAUGAAGCCCGAGUCGCCGUCCUUCUGGAACGUGGUCGUCGACAUACUGCGCCUCGGCAUCGUCUACCUCCGCAACGUGCCGCGGGACGAGCGCUCCGUCGUCCGCAUCGCCACCCGCAUCGCCAACAUCCGCGAGACCCUCUACGGACGCACCUUUGACGUGCGGGCAAAGCCCGACGCCGAGAACGUCGCCUACACGAGCGGCCACCUCGGCCUGCACCAGGACCUGUGCUACCUCUCCCCCCCGCCCAUGGUGCAGAUCCUGCACUGCAUGGACAACUCCUGCUCGGGCGGCGAGUCGCUCUUCAGCGACGGCGAGCGCGCCGGCCGUCUCCUCUGGCCCUUUGUCCGGACGAGCUCCAGACUGGCCCCGCUGGCAGAGCACCGCGUGCCGUACCAGUACGACAAGCGCGGCUACCUGUAUCACGCGGACAGGAGCGUGGUGGACCGCGACGCGGACGGCGCCUUCGCCGGCGUGUACUGGAGCCCGCCCUUCCAGGGGCGCUAUGAGGAUGCGUCGGUUGAUUUGGAGCGCUGGCUUGCGCCGGCGCGCGUCUUCGAGGCGCUGAUCAAUCACCCCGACGCCGUGCACAGCUACAAGAUGGAGCCGGGCGAGUGCGUCCUCUUUGACAACCUGCGGACCAUGCAUGGGAGGAAUGCCUUCGACGCGGAUGCUGGGGGCGCGAGGUGGUUGCGAGGCGCGUACAUUGCUGCCGAGGACUUUCUAAGCAGGGCGGCGUAUAUCCCUGCCGGACAGGCGGAACUGUACCGGGGCCCGGAGGCGUGGACGCCCGAGAAGGCGCAAAAGGAGUUGAGCGAAGGGGACUGGCACCGCGACGUGGUGGAGAGGGUGAGGCGAAUUGACCCGAGUGUUGAAGGAUGA